GAUAUUUUUCCUUACUUCCGUUUAAUGCCGAAGCUAUGAAAAACAACAAUUAUUCCUAAAUAUUUGCGCAAAAAUGAACAAAGGGUGGUUGGAACUGGAAAGUGACCCAGGUUUAUUCACCCUGUUACUGGAGGACUUUGGGGUGAAGGGAAUUCAAGUGGAGGAAAUCUAUGACCUGCAGAAGCCUAUCGAUGGGACUGUGUAUGGAUUUAUCUUCCUGUUUCGCUGGAUCGAGGAGCGUAGAUGUCGCAGGAAGACAACUACAGAAGAUGAAUCCUGUGUUAUGGAUGAUAACGCUGUCAACAGCAUCUUCUUUGCCAAACAGAUCAUCCCCAACUCCUGUGCCACUCAUGCCUUGCUGAGUGUACUACUCAACUCGGGGAAGGUCAAGCUGGGAGAAACCUUGGACAAGUUCAAGGAAUUCACAAGCAACAUGAGUCCAGAGGAUAAAGGCUUCGCAAUAGGAAAUAUGCCAGAGCUGGCUCGGGCUCACAACAGUCAUGCAAGACCUGAGCCGAGACAUCUCCCUGAGAAGCAGCCUGGGAUCUCCACAACAAAGACCAUGGAGGCUUUCCACUUUGUCAGCUAUGUCCCCAUCAAUGGUCGAUUGUUUGAACUUGACGGCCUCAAGCCAUAUCCCAUUGAUCAUGGGCCGUGUGAGUCGAACCAGUACUGGACAGAGAAGUUCCGCUCGGUCAUCAUCGACAGACUGGGCAUGGCAACCGGCGGGGAGCCAUACCACGACAUCCGCUUCAACCUGAUGGCUGUAGUGCCAUGUAAACGUCAGCUGUACGAACACAAGCUGCAAACUCUGAAGACAAACAGACAGAUUGUGUUGGAAGCCCUGCAGCAGCUGCUGGACACCAAGAUGGUGAAGGUGACCACACCAGGGCUGACAGCGGUGGAGAGGGGAAGUAGUUACAAUCACAUGGACACUGUCGAAGCCAAAGAUUCCAAAGCUACUGUUGAAAAUGCAAGAGAUAAGUUAUUUGAAUCAACAGACUCUGAAAUGCCCGAGUGUUCCAAGCAAGCAGUCUCCUUAACAAAUCACAAGGAGUCAAAUGACAUUACCAGCGUGGACCUGAAGGACGAACAUGAGGAGAAACAUUCUGAAAGUGCUGACUCAGCAGUGAGGGAUAAGAACGUCAAGAUUCAGAUUUCCAUGAAGGAGGGGAAGGAUGGGAGCAUAACGAUCCCACGAACCGUGUCGCUAACGGAUGUCACCAAGCCACUGACUAUAGAGACAAAGUUUGGCGGUUCACCGGGUCCGAGUAGUGAGAGUACAGACACAGCGUCGGAGGUGGGGAGCGUGUUCUCCUCCCCCGGCAGUUUCACCAUCCCUUCUUGUCAGAGUAGUCCACAGUUCCUCAACGACGGUGAAAUGAAGCUAGAAGGAGACGAGACUCUUGGGUCAAGGUCAGAUGGGUCGGAGAUCAAGUCCAAGUCAAAACAUCGUUUCAGCAGCUCACAAGGGUUUUCUCCCAAGGAUCUGCUGGACCUUCUAAAGAAUGUGGAGAAUGAGAUCGAGACAUGUGAGGCCAACCUCAAGGAUGAGAAUGAGAAACGGAAGAAGUACAAGAUUGAUGACUGCCGCCGCACCCAUAACUAUGAUCAGUUUCUGAUGACGUUCCUGUCGAUGCUGGCAGAACAGGGUCAUCUAGCCAAUCUGGUCGAACAGAAUGUUAAUGUCAAGAAGCGUCAGGGAUCCAACAUCGGGCGCCUACAACCCAAGCCCCUUUCCCGUAAUGAUAAGCGGAGACGAGCUCGCACAAGACGCAGGAGAUGAACGAUGUGCCUCGUCCUUCUGCAGCAUUAUCUGCCUGAAUACUGGGCAAAACAGGACAGUGAGAGAGGAAAUAUUUGGUGCUGAAAGAGAGCUUUACUACAUCCUGAUAUCCAGUGAUAAAAUGAUGAUGUUGUGCAAUGCCAUUAUUCAUCACAUUCUCUGGGGGUGGGGGGUGUCACUCAGUGCUUCAUUAUCCCUCAACCAGAUUCAUCCUAAGAGAUUCAUCAACCACCGGUUUUCCUGUCCUAGAUUCAAUUACAUACCAUAAGGCUUGAAUAUUACCGAGUGUGGCAAGAAACACGAUCACUCUUACAUGAGGGUGGUAAGGAUGCCCAGUUUUCAUUGAUUCAUCAGUGAAGCUCAAGGCUCUGGUUCAAAUAGCAGGUACAGUUCAGUGCUUAAUGCAUGUAGCUUGUCCUUCCUGUUGUUCUACAGUGUUGCUAAGGGAGGUAAUCAACUAUUGUGUCUCUGUCUUCCUCAUGCCUUUAGUUUUAAUACUUCAGCUAAAACUGUAAAUUGAUAGAGCUGUGUCAUAUUGGACAGAUUUUGAAUUAUGAUGUAUUAAUCUGUUGCAAAAUAUCUUAUACAUUACACUGGUUUUUCACUACAGUGUAUGUUUAGGAUCAUGUCAUCACAUUUUUGUGUUUGACUACUGUUAAAUAUGCAGAGAAACUUCCUGCUUCAGGGUGAUCAGUACAAUGUGUGAAGCCCAUCUGUGGUGUCCCCCGCCGUGAUAUUGCUGAAAUAUUGCUAGAAGCGGCAUAAAGCUACACUCACUCACUCAUUCAGGGCGAUCACUGACGGAAACAGAGCCACCCCGGAGGAUAAAAUAUGAUGUUGAUACUUGACAUCACACCGACAUUGUCUUGUUAUACACACUUUGUCUCUACUAGCUACAAGAGGUGUUUCUGCUAAUAGACUAAGCCGAACAAUCUAUUGAUUCAAAGGUUUAUUACAAAAUUAGUUUCUGGAGUUUAGUAUGUAUUAAAAUCUUGCCACAUGACUACCUCCACUUGCCACUUGUUAACAUCGUUAGUGAAGUGGAGGAAUCAUCCACCCUCACAUCAGAAUUCGGACAUUAUAUAGCCAAUACGCUGGCUCUCAAAGUAAGACCGAAGUGUGUUCAUAUUAGUCUGAGCAGUAUUACUUGUACCCUUGUCUUAAGGACCUGUACCCUUGUGCCUUGACUGGGCAAGAAAUUGUAGCUGAAAUCUCAAAUUAUGCGCUGAGGGAUUAUUGGGGCUAAAAUAUUAUUUCUAUAGGUCAUUUGUUCGAUGCCAAUAUCCAUACUAAAGGUGCGAACCCCCUCCCAUGAAUUCUGAAUAACAUCUAAUGUAUACCUUGAGUCUUGCUGAACACUAAAUACUGCUUAAAACACAUAAAAAAACGUAAAAUAUGUAGGAAGAGUUCUUUGUGUCUACAGUUAUUGUAUUUACAUAAGGAAUCUGCAUGCCAAAAACAAUUGCAUCCUGAGUAGCACAUUGCUGAGACCCAAAUAGAACCCCCAAAUUCCGUGUUCCAAAAGGGGGUCGGCAACAGCAUUACUGUUCCUGGCAUAGAAUCACAGACUUGUUGUCUCAGAUUGGAUAACAUGAAUACCAGGAACCCAAUCUCUGCUUUGACAUUUGAAGUGCAUGUUGUAUGUAUCUGUACAUUGUCCAGUGAAGGUUCGUGUUGUGGAUUAUGCAAGUCAGUAAUGGGUGACAUUGAUAGACAGAUUCAUUUGUUACAUGUGUUGUCAUCAUCUCCACAUCACAAUCGUCACAUCUCUGCUUAUACAGAAAAAUAAACAUAUAUCAAAAUAUA